UCCGGGGAGAGCGGAUAUAGUGAAUGCAGGGUCCGGGGAGAGCGGAUAUAGUGAAUGCGGGGUCCGGGGAGAGCGGAUAUAGUAAAUGCAGGGUCUGGGGAGAGCGGAUAUAGUGAAUGCAGGGUCUGGGGAGAGCGGAUAUAGUGAAUGCGGGGUCCGGGGGAGACCGGAUAUAGUGAAUGUGGGGUCCGGGGGGAGCGGAUAUAGUGGAUGCGGGGUCCGGGGAGAGUGGAUAUAGGUCCGGGGAGAGUGGAUAUAGUAGAUGCAGGGUCCGGGGAGAGCGGAUAUAGUGGAUGCAGGGUCCAGGGACACCAGAUAUAGUGAAUGCAGGAUCCGAGG